AUGGUUUCCUUCGACUGGACCAGACGGGUCUGGGAGUUUAGCAAGAAGAACAUCAUCCCAGAUCUCUUUUUGAAGAGGAGGCUCAAUUUCAUCACCAUACACUACCUGUAUCUAAUCGGAAUGGCCCUCUUCAUAUCGGUCGUUGUCUAUGGCAUCGGCGGCAUGGCAUACAUUGACGCUCUGUUCUUUGCUUCUGGAGCUUGCACACAGAGCGGUCUCAACACCGUCGAUGUCAAUACCAUCAAGCUGAGUCAACAGAUCAUGCUGUAUAUAGGUGCGAUGAUCUGUAACCCCAUCGUCGUGCACUCGGCGGUCGUCUUUGUGCGGCUCUACUGGUUUGAAAAAAGAUUCCAUGAUGUGGUGCAGGCCUCGAUGCUGUUACGUCGCACCAAAUCAAGAUCGCGAACCCAGACCAUGAACCGAGAUGAUCCCGAGUUGGGGGCUCCCCCUCUGGGCGUCCGCGGACGGGCCAUUAAGAUUCUGCAGCACACGGGGCGGAGCGAACGAAGACAGACGACCGAAAAGCCUGACAUACCCAGUGGUGUGAACGGGAAAGCGGUAGACUCAUCCAAUACAUCUCCGGCAGAAAGUGAAGAAGCCAAACUUUCUCCCUCUUCCGACCACCGUUUGCGUCUCCAAACCGCUCGUUCUAUGGAUGACGUGCGUCUACCCCAGCAGUUGAGCCCGGAGCAGCACAUUCAAUUUCUGGAGAAUCAACGGAAUCCCCGCGACGACACCGCGUUAAGAAUCCCCAGUCCUCGGGAGUUUGAGCGGGGAAGUCGACCUCAGAAUGUGAAUGAUCACAGCAUUGGCGAUAACUUGCUCCGCCAAGUCACGAGCGAACCCGAUCUCCCUAGUUCUCAAGAGAAGCGCAGCAUUGACAUGAGUACGAGCGCCCAGGCGGGAGGUCCUUCGACACAUAUCACGAUCAAUGAACCGAGAUUUGUCCGUGAUCGGAGCGAUAAGACGUCGACCUUUCCGCGACUGAAUUCCAAGCAAUCCACCCAGCCAGCCCAGAUAUCCGACCCCACGGAGAACUUGGGUCGUCUCCGACCCAAGAGAACGAACACGUUCAGGUCUCUCCAGCGGAGCAAUACGGCCCGAACGGCGGAACCGGCACCAUAUCUGAGCUGGCAACCCACGAUCGGGCGAAAUUCGUUAUUCGUGGGGCUGACCGAGGAGCAGCGGGAAGAGUUGGGCGGCAUCGAAUAUCGAGCUCUCAAAACCCUGGCAGUGAUCCUCGUCGUCUAUUUCUUUGCAUUCCACAUCCUCGGGAUUAUUUGUCUGACUCCGUGGAUCGUGACAUCGGAGACGUAUGGAAAAGCGGUAACCGAUCAAGGGCAGGGGCGCGCGUGGUGGGGAAUUUUCACGGCCGGCUCAGCAUUCAACGAUCUGGGGUUCACCCUCACCGACAAUUCGAUGGGGUCGUUUGGGUCCGCCAUCUUCCCCCUGUUGUUGAUGACAUUUUUAAUCAUUAUUGGCAAUACGGGCUUCCCAUGUAUGCUCCGGCUUGUGAUUUGGGUUUGCUCCGAGUUCGUCGAGUAUGGCUGUCCUCUGUGGGAAGAACUCCGAUUUCUCCUCGACCAUCCUCGCCGAUGUUUUACCCUCCUCUUCCCGCGCCACGCCACGUGGUGGCUGUUUGCCAUCCUUGUCAUUCUCAACGGGGUGGAUUUGAUUUUCUUCAUUAUCCUGGAUUUGAACGACCCCACUGUCACGGAACUGCCACCGGGUGUCCGUUUCGUUGACGGACUUUUCCAAGCUGCGUCGACCCGAACCGCGGGCUUCUCGGUGGUCAAUCUGGCCGAACUUCACCCCGCCAUCCAAGUCAGUUAUCUCAUCAUGAUGUACAUUUCGGUGUUUCCGAUCGCCAUAUCGAUGCGGAGGACGAAUGUGUAUGAAGAAAAGAGUCUGGGAGUCUAUGCCAACCACAGCGAAGAGGAUUUUGAUGAGUCGGAGCCAAGAAGCUACGUGGGAGCGCACUUACGGAAGCAACUUUCAUUCGAUUUGUGGUACGUCUUCCUCGGAAUGUUCAUCAUCGCCAUCGUGGAAGGUAGCCGAUUGGAGAACACCAACGAGUACGCCUUUACGUUGUUUUCGGUCCUCUUUGAGAUCGUGUCGGCCUACGGAACCGUCGGACUGUCUCUGGGCUACCCGACCAGCAAUGCCUCGUUUUCGGCGCAAUUCCAUACGCUAUCCAAGUUGGUGAUUAUCGCCAUGCAAAUUCGUGGGCGGCAUCGUGGUCUUCCGUACGAACUGGACCGAGCUAUUCUCUUGCCUUCGGAAAGUCUGCAUGCCAAAGAGGCCCAGGAAGGCCACCGGAUAAUGAUGCGGCGACGAAGAUCGUCGGCGGGACAAUCGAUCAUGUCCGCAGUGGAUGGUAACAUGGAAGGGCACCACUUUCGAGCGGAGACAGGACUGUCCACGGGAGUCAAUGGUCCUGACGGCGAGACACCGCUCCCACGACCUCGGGCGGGCACCAACAAAACGCACAACAGUACAGGCAGCGGUUCAGAUGGCCAUCAUCAUGGUCCACGGCAUGGAAUAGGAACCGCCAUGUACAAGUUGGCGACCGAGAUCGAUUCGAUCAAAGAGGAACGAAGUAGUGAAUGA